UGAAAACAAUUUAACUUGAUGAUUAGUAUGACAAACAUCAAUUUAUUGCUCGUAAUGUUUUUAAAUUAAAGAAAAUAUCAGAAUAGUCUUGAAACUAAAUUAAAUCAAUAUGAUUGAUGUGAAAUGUUCAUCAACUAAUACCAAGUUAAAUUGUGACGCUAAUUGUGAAAUUUAUAAUGAAUGGACAUCGAUUUACAAUCAACCCGAGAUUGAAGUGAUCAUUUUAAUUCCAAAUGGUUUAAUAACAACAUUAACAGUCACAAGUGAGACUAAAUUGUUUGAAAUUAAAGAGGAAGUUUUUGAUUUAGCCGGUGAUCUGCCAAUGUACGGGGCCCUUUACGAUAGACAGGGUUACAUAUUUACCUGUGUUAAUUUCACCACCGGUGAACAGGAGGAAAUCGAUGAGACGAGAACAAUUAACGAUGUGAAACCUUUCAUGAAGAUACUUCGAUUGCUUGAACGAAAGGGUAACAUCGCCUCGAAACAAUUAAACGCUCAAAUUGGUCCAUUGAUUGGAAAAGGAUUACAUGAAUUCGAUGCUUUGAAAAAUUCUGAAAUCAAUGACUUCCGUUGGAGAGUUAGGUUAAGAUGUGAAGAGAUUGCUGACCAACGGUCAAACGGUUCGUGGAUCGAUAAAGUUAAAUACAAAUAUCCAGUUCGAAUUGAACCAAUGAAAGAGAUUCCUUUAUAUUUGAAAGAUCAUUUAUCAAGUGGAACAAUUAAAAUUCAAACACGAAUUAAAUUAAAAGAUCCAAUUGAAAUGACAGUUAAUUAUAUGAGUAAAACUGUUGAUUUGAUUAAAUUAGCUUUCCAACAAUAUCAAUUGGAUUACGAUGAAAAUAAUUACACUUUCAAGAUAUUUGGUCAAGAAGAGUAUCUUCUUGAUUGUCAACAAUUAAUUAAUUACAAGUAUGUUCGGGAAUCAUUGGCUGAUUACCAAGUACCAUCGUUCAUAAUUGUCGCUAAUUCAGACAUUGAAAUCGCUGAGAAUUACAUAGUAAAUCAAUCGGAUGAUUUUCGUCAACGAAGUGCAUCAAUCGCUUAUUCAACAAUGGCCGGAACUAGUCGUCGAAAGGCCAAACCGAAAUCAUCGUUUGCAAUCAAGGAUAAAUUUUCGAUCACAAUUAACAAUUGUAUUAAAAUUAACCAUUCGGACGAUGUGAAAAUAGCUCUUUCAGUUGGUCUCUUUCACGGCGGUUCCAUGUUAGCCCAUCAAUUGACCACAAGUGAAGUUGAAAGUACCGAAGGUUCAGCGACUUGGGACGAAACUUUGACCUUCGACAUUUCUAUUUGUGACCUUCCUCGAAUGACUCGACUUUGUCUCGUUUUAAACGAGAUUAUGGUUCGAUCUCGAAAAGGAUCUCGAACCGUUUUCUUUAGUUCAAAAAUCUCUUGUGACAUAACAACAAAUCAAUUACGUUGGGUUAACACUCCACUUUUUGAUUAUCGUGGACAAUUAAAAACGGGUAGUUACACUUUUCCAAUGUGGCCUUAUCCCGAAUCGAUUGAUGAUCUGACUGAGAAUUAUUUUAAUCCACUCGGAACCGUUUUACCAAAUCCAUUCUGUUUAGAAUCGACUUGCUUAACAAUCACUUUUCCCAAACACUCAUCAAUCAAAUCUAAUCAAGAAUCGGCCAUUUAUUACCCGACCCUGGACACGAUAUUGACCCUUUCGACGACAACGAUCCCGAAAGAAUCCCGAGGAUCAGGUGACCAUUCACCAUCAUCUCGAUAUUUGGAACAGUUAAAAUCGAUUUGUACUCGAGAUCCAUUAACCGAAAUGGCCGCUAAAGAUCGCGAACUACUUUGGUACUUUCGUGAAGAUCUAAUUCUUUACCUUCCAACAGCAUUACCUUAUUUACUUAAUUGUGUCAAUUGGUCAAAUCAUCUGUCGGUUUGUUCAAUGUUACGUUUACUUGACCGCUGGCCGAAACUGGAACCUGAGCUUGCCCUUCAACUGCUUGAUUAUGCCUACGCUGACUGUACCGUUAGGUCAUAUGCCGUUUCUUGUUUAAGAUCAAUGUCCGAUGACGAUUUAUCCCUUUACCUGUUACAAUUAGUUCAAGCACUUAAAUACGAGUCUUACCUUUAUUGUGACCUGGCCUUGUUUUUACUUGAACGAGGAUUAGUUAAUCGUCGAUUAGGUCACCAACUAUUUUGGUUACUUCGAUCUGAAAUGUCCGAACCAAGUGUCUCAACUUAUUUUGGACUUUUACUUGAAGCUUAUUGUCGAGGAUCAAUUGAUCAUAUGAAAGAUUUAUUCAGACAAAUGGAAGCCAUUAAUAAGCUUAAACAUAUGAACGAAAUAGUUAAACGUGAAUCAAUCAAACGGAAGGAAUCAAAGGAACGAACUUUGACCGUGGUUAUGCACGAUAUUCUAGAACAGUCCUACUAUAAGGAGUCACUUCGACAGAUCACUAAUCCUCUUGAUCCAAGGAUUAAAUUGUCAACCAUCAAGGUGGACAAAUGUAAACUAAUGGACAGUAAAAUGAAACCUCUUUGGUUGGUCUUCAAUAAUUCAGAUCAAGGUUCCGAUGAAGUGUCAAUUAUAUUUAAAAACGGCGACGACUUGCGACAGGACAUGUUGACCCUUCAAAUGUUUCGUAUUAUGGAUAAACUGUGGAAAGAUGAAGGACUUGACCUUCGAUUAACACCUUAUCGGGUUAUCGCCACGGAGAAAAGUGUUGGACUCAUUCAAGUUGUACCUUCGACUCAAACACUGGCCAAGAUACAGAAAAGUAACUCAAUGAAAGCGACCUCAGCAUUCAACAAAGCCUCACUUCUUAAUUGGCUCAAAUCUCACAAUACAACGGAAUCAACACUAACUCAGGCCAUUCAACAGUUUACCCUUUCGUGUGCCAGUUACUCGGUGGCCACUUAUGUACUCGGUAUUGCCGAUCGACAUUCAGAUAAUAUUCUGGUCAAAUCAAACGGUCAAAUUUUACACAUUGACUUUGGUCAUAUUCUUGGUAAAUUUAAGGAAAAAUUUGGCAUCCGUCGUGAGCGAGUUCCCUUCGUAUUAACCAAUGAUUUCGUCUAUGUAAUCACCGCCGGUGGUACUCGAAGAGCGGACUUUAACACCUUCCAAUCAACCUGUGAACAAGCAUUUAUCAUCUUAUGGAAAAAAGGUCACUUUAUAUUAUCACUUUUCGCAAUGAUGCUCUCAACGGGAAUUCCCGAAUUAUCGUCAAUCCGUGACCUGGACUAUCUUCGGGAAACUCUUGUCCUCGAUUACACCCAAGAAGAAGCCUUAGCCCAUUUCAGGUCAAAAUUUGACGAAGCCUUGAAAAAUAGUUGGAAAACAAACAUCAAUUGGUUAGCUCACAAUAUCGCCAAGGAUAACAAUUAACACAACAAUUGAUUAUCAACAAAAAUCAUUUUUUUCUUUUUAUUUAAAUUGUUCACAAAAUGGGGCGAAAUUUAUAAUUUAAAGAAUAACAAUUAAAAAUUCCAUUUAAAUUGUUUCCAA